CCGGCCGGUUCGACCGGGUUGGGUCGGAACCGGGCACAAAAGGGGCCAGCACCAGCCAUAUUUUGAGCUAGCCAGCAAUCGGUCAAAGCCGGUCAAAAUCGGUCAAACCCUGGGUCUGACCGGACUUAUCCGGCUACCGGCUAGUGAUGAAACGACGGCAUUUUGGAGAGUUUUGGAACAGCCUCCCAAAUCGGCUCCUCCAUCCGCCAGCUCGAUCCACACCUCUGCCGACCACCGAGAACCCGCCGUUCGCUCCCAGCUCCGACGACGGCUCCUUCUAUUUUGCAGGUGUUGGGUCGCUCUCUCUCUCCCUCCCUCCCUCCCUCCCUCCCUCUCUCUGUCACACACUGGAUCCUUCUCGGCAAUUUGAGAUUGAAUUAGAGGAAGAAGGAAGAGAACACAGAGGAUUGAGGAAGAAGAAGUACAGAGCAGUAGGAAAAGGGAAGAAUAGGGAAGGAGAAUCAGAUUCUUAUUUUGUGGGUGUGUAUAGGCGGUUGCUGCUUAUGAUAUUUAGGGAGAUGGAUGUUUGUUGGGUAGUUGGGCUUAGGGUUUGUUUGGGCAAAAAAGUAAUUAGGGGUUUUGUUGGGCUGAUGUAAUGGGUUUGUUUGGGCCAAAAAGUCCAAAAUUUGUGACAAAAAUGGCUUCCUAUAUCCAUUAUUCACCUAUUCUAUUAAAACCGGCUUAAUCCGGUUGAACCCCGAUCCGACCAUUAAACCUCAAACCCCUUGUCGAACCGGCUGGACGACUUAACCCGGUUUGACAACCUUGAUAAAUAGUGGACAAAAUUUAUUAUUUUUUACUAAUUUGAUUUGCCAUUAAAAAUCUCGUCCAUUUUAACUUGAUUUAAAAGAAAUUCAUAAAAAUUGUAUUACCUCGGUUGUAUAAGAUGACAUUUACACUGUGUUGCCAUUUUUGAAUAUAACACACUUUUACAUCUCACCUAACAGUUUUAUAUAUUGCGUACGUUAUACAUGACAUAACUCACUCAUUUGGUCCGUUCCAAAUAUCAAACUGAUCCAUUUUUCUUUAACAAUUAUAAAAUUCACGAUCGAAUCGCAAUAUACUCGCUUUGGUGUCAUAUGGUCCAAAACAAUAUUUUUUUGGUAAUAUUUACUAUUCCCAUUAAUAAUUCGUGAAUAAUUAACAAGGCAAGAUAAAUAAUGAUUUUAUGGUAAUAUCACUUUGCUAAUUCCAUUUUUUUUUCGUGACUAAUUUAUGCAAACACUAUCAAGAAAGGAAACAAAAUUAAUUAAGGGGAAAAAUAGGAUUAAAAAGUGGACACCAACGCCAGAGAAGGAAAGGAAACCAAAUUGAAAAGAAAAAGAAUAAAAAGAGGAAAGGAAAGUCGGAUUUUCCGCCCAAAUCGGAGGGACUGGUGGAACAGUUCCAUUUUCGUCGCUUUUCCCUCCCCUCUGUUAUGUUGAAACGUUCGGAAACGGCGGAAACCUUCUCGGGAAUGUAAUUUUCCGCUCAGUUUUUCCCUCUCCUUCCUUUUCUCUCCUAAAUGAACAUAGUGUUAAGGUCAAAUCGACAUAUCACUUGGAUGUUACUCUAGCUCAGCAUAAUGGAAAGUCGAAAGCUAUGGCUAGUUGGAUGGAUAGACCCAGUUGGAUCCGUCUGUGGGAUUCAGACAUUCCCCCAAAGCUGAAGGUAUUUGCUUGGCAAGUCUUUAAUCAGAUUCUCCCUACUACAAGGGCUCUCAUUGAGAAAAAGUUACAGGUGCUCCUGCUGUGUCCGGUUUGUUGGGCCGCGUCUGAAACAAUGGAGAAAUUGUUUCUGGAUUGCCCUGUGGCGAGGGCGUUAUGGGAUCAUUCGGGGUUGGACCAAUUGGGUCAGGCUUUGCCGCGUCACAUGUUUCCCUUAUUUCUGAAGAAGUUAAUGCUUCGGCUUAGGCAGCCAGACCUUUUUCUCGCUGUUAUAGCACUCCUAUGGUGUAUCUCGAGAUCCCAGAACUGAGUAGUUUUUGAAGGUAAACAAUUUGGUAUCUCGGCUUUAAUGCGCCAAUUUAUCCAACAAUAUAACGAAUGGAUUGCCUUGCCAAGGGAUCGGGAUGGUCGAUCUCCUAUUUCGGUUCCCUGGGCCAUGGCCUUGGUUAACCCUUCUGAGGUGGUUUUCCAAUGGGAUGGGGCGACAAAAGCCGGCUCCCAUUCGGCUGGUGUGAUGGUUAUCCGUCUGCGGUCAGGGGGUCUUAUCCGGGUUAUGGGGAUUCAGCUUCUUGAUGUGGAUGAUCGUACGACGGUGGAGCUGCUUGUACUCAGGGAGGCUGUCCUUUGGUGUCUAAACCUGGGGUUCCAUACAAUAUGCUUUGAAGGUGAUGUUAAGGUUGUGAUUGAUAAGAUCAACCAAUCUGAUACAAGGGACAGUAGGGUGGGGGGCUUUGCUGCAGGAGGUGGUGUCUUAUUUUAGUAUCCAUGAUGGACUUAGUGUGCGAUUUGUUGGCCGUAGUAACAAUAGGGUAUCCCAUGUGGUGGCUAGAAAGGCCCAGUCAUUGUACCCGGCUUCAUGUCGAUCUUUUGAUUUUAUGGUCUGGCUAAAUUCCAGGAUGUAACUCUCUUUUUUUAUUAAUAUAUGAUUAUCUUUUGU